AUGGCGAAACUGACAGCUCUUGCCGGUCUCCUGACCCUUGCCAGCGUGCAGGCAAAUGCCGCCGUGCUCUUGGACAGCCUCGACAAGGUGCCUGUUGGAUGGCAGGCUGCUUCGGCCCCGGCCCCGUCAUCCAAGAUCACCCUCCAAGUUGCCCUCACGCAGCAGAACAUUGAUCAGUUGGAAUCAAAGCUCGCUGCCGUCUCCACGCCCAACUCCAGCAACUAUGGAAAGUACCUGGAUGUCGAUGAGAUUAACCAAAUCUUCGCUCCCAGCAGCGCCAGCACCGCUGCUGUUGAGUCCUGGCUCAAGUCGUACGGCGUGGACUACAAGGUGCAGGGCAGCAGCAUCUGGUUCCAGACGGAUGUCUCCACGGCCAACAAGAUGCUCAGCACAAACUUCCACACUUACACCGACUCGGUUGGUGCCAAGAAAGUGCGAACUCUCCAGUACUCGGUCCCCGAGACCCUGGCCGACCACAUCGAUCUGAUUUCGCCCACAACCUACUUUGGCACGUCCAAGGCCAUGCGGGCGUUGAAGAUCCAGAACGCGGCCUCUGCCGUCUCGCCCCUGGCUGCUCGUCAGGAGCCCUCCAGCUGCAAGGGCACAAUUGAGUUUGAGAACCGCACAUUCAACGUCUUCCAGCCCGACUGUCUCAGGACCGAGUACAGCGUCAACGGAUACAAGCCCUCAGCCAAGUCCGGUAGCAGGAUUGGCUUCGGCUCUUUCCUGAACCAGAGCGCCAGCUCCUCAGAUCUCGCUCUGUUCGAGAAGCACUUUGGCUUUGCCAGCCAGGGCUUCUCCGUCGAGCUCAUCAAUGGCGGAUCAAACCCCCAGCCGCCCACAGACGCCAAUGACGGCGAGGCCAACCUGGACGCCCAGAACAUUGUGUCGUUUGUGCAGCCUCUGCCCAUCACCGAGUUUAUUGCUGGAGGAACUGCGCCGUACUUCCCAGACCCCGUUGAGCCGGCUGGAACUCCCGAUGAGAACGAGCCUUACCUCGAGUACUACGAGUACCUGCUCUCCAAGUCAAACAAGGAGCUUCCCCAAGUCAUCACCAACUCCUACGGUGAUGAGGAGCAGACUGUUCCCCAGGCAUAUGCCGUCCGCGUGUGCAACCUCAUUGGAUUGAUGGGCCUUCGUGGUAUCUCUAUCCUCGAGUCAUCCGGUGAUGAGGGUGUUGGUGCCUCUUGUCUCGCUACCAACAGCACCACCACUCCCCAGUUCAACCCCAUCUUCCCGGCUACAUGCCCCUAUGUCACCAGUGUUGGUGGAACCGUCAGCUUCAACCCCGAGGUUGCCUGGGACGGCUCAUCCGGAGGCUUCAGCUACUACUUCUCAAGACCUUGGUACCAGGAGGCCGCAGUCGGCACAUACCUUAACAAGUAUGUCAGCGAGGAGACCAAGGAAUACUACAAGUCGUAUGUCGACUUUUCCGGACGUGGCUUCCCCGAUGUUGCAGCUCACAGCGUGAGCCCCGAUUACCCCGUGUUCCAAGGCGGCGAGCUUACCCCCAGCGGCGGUACUUCUGCGGCCUCUCCCAUCGUGGCCAGUGUUAUUGCCCUCCUGAACGAUGCUCGUCUCCGUGCAGGCAAGCCUGCUCUCGGAUUCUUGAACCCUCUGAUCUACGGAUAUGCCUACAAGGGCUUUACCGAUAUCACGAGUGGCCAAGCUGUCGGCUGCAACGGCAACAACACUCAAACUGGAGGCCCUCUUCCUGGUGCGGGUGUUAUUCCAGGUGCUUUCUGGAACGCGACCAAGGGCUGGGAUCCUACAACUGGAUUCGGUGUCCCCAACUUCAAGAAGCUGCUUGAGCUUGUCCGAUACAUUUAG